AUGCUGAUCAACGUGUACUGUGUGCGGAGGGACCUCUCAGAGCGAACCUUCUCCCUCCAGGUCAGCCCAGACUUUGAGCUCUGCAACUUCCGAGUCCUCUGUGAGCUCGAGUCUGGAGUCCCUGCAGAAGAGACGCAGAUCAUCUAUAUGGAGCGACUCCUGGUAGACGACCACUGCUCCCUGGGCUCCUAUGGCCUCAAAGACGGGGAUGUCGUUGUUCUACUUCAACAGGAUAAUGUGGGAUCUAGGCCCCUGGGACGGACCCCAAACCAGCCUCGAGUAGAUUUCACUGGAGUCGGAGGCGCAGUGCCUGGAACAUCAAGCACCCGGCACCAGCACCGCGCAUCAGUCGCCCGGCUGAGGCAUGGCUUGGCCUCCGGAGAGAAGAUAGCUUCUGCCCACGGUCUGGACAGCCCCACCUUGAUCCGCAGCAGGCUGCUGUCCAAUCCCCAUGACCUGUCUCUGUUGAAGGAACGCAACCCAGUUUUGGCCGAAGCUCUGCUCAGUGGAAACCUGGAUACCUUCUCUCAGGUCCUGAUGGAACAGCAAAGGGAAAGGACCUUGAGAGAGCAAGAGAGACUGCGCCUCUAUACUGCUGAUCCAUUUGAUCGGGAAGCUCAGGCCAAAAUUGAGGAAGAAAUCCGGCAGCAGAACAUUGAAGAAAACAUGAACAUAGCCAUGGAGGAGGUUCCAGAGAGUUUUGGACAAGUAGCUAUGCUCUAUAUUAACUGCAAAGUAAACGGACAUCCUCUGAAGGCCUUUGUUGACUCAGGGGCUCAGAUGACCAUCAUGAGCCAAACUUGUGCUGAGCGAUGUAACAUCAUAAGGCUGAUGGACCGCCGCUGGGCUGGGGUGGCAAAAGGAGUGGGCACGCAGAUGAUUAUGGGUCGCAUCCAUCUAGCUCAGAUUCAGAUCGAAAGCGAUUUCUUGCAGUGUUCUUUCUCUAUACUGGAAGAGCAGCCCAUGGAUAUCCUUCUGGGACUGGAUAUGCUCAGGAGACAUCAGUGUUCCAUCGAUUUGAAGAAAAACGUCCUGGUGAUCGGUACCACCGGCACACAGACUUACUUUCUUCCUGAGGGGGAGUUACCCUCCUGUGCUAAGCUGGUAAGUGGCCCUGGGCAAGAAGAGUCUUCAGACAAGGAGGUAGAGGACAAUAUUAAACAUACAGUCAUGGAUGCAGGACGAAAAAUACACUGA